AUGCCGGUGCUGCCCGAGCUGGUCGUCUCGCCGGUGCCUCCCGCGUCUCCCGCCGAACGCCAGGCGACGCCGAUGACGCCGACUUCACCUCUUGGAAGCCUCCUUGCGCGGGGCAGGUCGAAGCGCAAGACGAUUAUGGAAUUCAUCGACGGGUGGUGGGACCUGGGCCUGCUGGAGCAGCAGAAGCAGACCAAGCUCGCCAAGGCUGCCUCCCAGAGGAAGUGA